UUCAGUUUAGCCAGAAUAGUUUGACUUAACAAUGCACAAGUACCUUGUAAUUUUUAGAGAUAUUCACAAGGAGUUUUCCGUUCCAGAGCUGUUGUCUGUCUAUUCUCUUGUCAUCAGAAGACAAAAAGAUAUUGUGAAGCCGAAACUACAAGAAGACUUUUUUGCAAAGACUAUCCGUUCAGCCUCUUGCGACUUAGAAACGGACACAAAGAAAAUCCGAGGUGUCUUUUAUUUCGCAAACUUUCAAAGUGAUCAAGAGGCCUUUCUGGUUGGCUCGCGUUGCGUCCUGGUGCGUGCUAUCAUUCGUCUUUGGAGUCAUGCCCGUAGCCAUGAGCUUUGUUUGAAACAGUUACAAAGUUUAGGAAAAGAUGUUUUCAAGGAACUACUCCUAUCUGAGAAGGAGUCUUUCCGUUGCAGACUAUUUUCAUACGGAAGAAAGUACUCGCAGAGUGAGACUGUGAAUAGAAUCAACUUUUAUUCCUCGAUUCUUCAACAGUUUCCUGGGAAAGUCAACUUGCAGAAUUUCAAGCACGAAAUAUGGAUAGUUGAAGACUCGUUUCCCAAGGCUGGCCAUACGAACGAACCCAGUAGAAUUGACAUUCCUAAUCACGUGUAUGCCGGACUUCUCAUUGCAGAAGGGUGCGUCAAACAAGUUCAAAAGUAUACUCUGAAGAAGCGAAACUUUAUCGGAACAACUUCUAUGGACGCGGAAUUAGCUUUUAUCAUGGCGAAUUUUGCUUUGGCAGAUAACUUGAAACUGAUUCUCGACCCUUUUGUUGGAACCGCAAGCAUUCUUAUAUCAUCUGCUGCAUUUGGAGCUGAGACUCUCGGCUCGGAUUUGAGUUUCACCGUUCUUAAAGGCAAAAACAAAGAAGAAAAUAUUGUAUCCAAUUUUCGCCAGUAUAAGUUACAACAGCCAUUGGGUAUCGUCCGAUGUGAUAUUUUACACAAUCCUUGGCGCCAUGAGUCAAUAAUGUCGAGUUUCACAUCCUUCAAGUGUCAUGGGUGGUUGGAUGCAAUCGUUGCCGACUUACCAUACGGAGUAAGGGAAAGUUCGAGGGAAUUUGUUGGCGAGAAACUGCAUUCCAGAUUUGUUUUGAACCAUAUUCCAAAGACCUCACGCGUCGGCUUAGACAAUUUGGUUUCAUCUCUUUUUGACUUUGCAACUUCUUCUUUAGUUGGAGGAGGUCGUUUGGUGUUUUGGCUGCCUUGCACUGACGAAUUUUCUGAACGUGACAAGACUGAAAUAUGCCAUCCGUCCUUUAUAUCUAUUGCUGCAUGUAGACAAAUCCUUACUUGUCGUUUUCAUCGCGUUUUGUUUGUUUUUGAAAGAAAAGCGUGGGAAGAUGAUAAGCUGUAUGACAGUGAUAUGUCUGGCGCAUUUCUUCAUCAAGGGCCGUUUUACAAAGAUUUUGCAGCCAAACUUUUCCGGGAAGAGAAAAGAACUGAAGAUGCUCUUUGGAGGAAAGGUCAAUGGCAUCGUAUAGAAUAAAUGGGAGAGUCAACGACUCGAUCUCAGUCACAUUCGUCUUAUGUUAAUAUCUUGAGUUGAGAACAACUGAGUUUGGAAGUUGUACCAUUUGAUGAACGAAAGACUAGAGGAAUCCUUGAAAUAUGAUGCUUUCAUUAUUUGGUAUACACCAUAAGCAAUUUGCAGAAGCGUCGGCUUGUUUGUACUGUUCGUAUUUUCUUUGACAAGUUUGGCAAAAGACUGCUGUGCAAUAGCUACAAAUUCUAGUGCAAAACUUGCAUAGAUAGCUUUUACAAAAAGCGCAUUGCGCUCGUGCAACCUCGAUACAGUUUCCCUUUUGAGAUUGACAGUGUAGUUCUUCGCCAUUGUGGUUCUCCUUAACCAAAGCGCCGAU